AUAAUUUAUCUGAAGAACUCUGCUAAAAAAAAAAACCCUCGCUCUCUCUCAAAAAACAGUCUUUCCAAGAAAGUUUCUUCCUUUUCUCUCUGGAAUGGAUUCUAACGAAACCCACCAACAGCAGCAGAAUCGCAACGCCGCCGCCGCGUUAGCGGGUCCCACCGCCCCUUCUCAGGCCAUGCACAACCGUUCAUCUGUCGGGGCUCUCUCUCUGCUCCAGCCUCAACCUCUGCAAGGGGUCAUGCUCGACGGAUCGCCUUACUCCGCCUCCGUCGCGACCCAACGAGGACGAGGAAGACCGAGGAAGUACGCUCCUCCUGAUGUCAAUGUCAUUGAUGGCGGAGGUGCAAAUGCUGGCCCACCUGCUAAACGCAAAGGUCGUCCUCUUGGCUCCCGUACUAAGCAGCCGCGCAAAGCUUCAGGAGGAGGAGGAGGAGGAGGAGGACCGCUUACAGCUCAUGUCAUUAACGUCAAUGCUGGAGAGGACAUAGCUAUGAAGUUAGUGGCGUUUGUGAAUCAAGAACCACGCGACGUCUGUAUUCUCUCAGUUGCAGGAGCUGUAUCCAGUGCGGUGAUUCAAUCUCACAAUCCUUUUGGACUUGUUAAGCUUGAGGGCCUUUAUGUUAUCACUAAUAUGUCAGGUACUUUCUCGAAUACUGAGAGUAAUGGUACUGUGACCAGAACUGGUAACUUGACCGUGUCUCUAGCUGGCCCUGAUUUCAUGGUUGUGGGGGGUUUUGUUGGUGGAAUGCUUGUAGCUGGUUCACAAGUCCAGGUUACGAAACCCUUUUUGUUUUAGAAAAAUAGAAAGAGAGAGAGAGAUGUUAAAGUAGGGUUGAGUUCAUACGUUUAGUUUGUUACUUAGUUUCUUUUGAUUGUGAUGAUUCUGUAAUCAACGAAUGAUCCGGUUUAGUUUCCAAGUAGGUUUCAGUUCAUUUUAUAAAAAAAAAAUUAUUUCUCAUAAUGUUCAUCUUCCCUUGUUUUCAAUAAAAAAUUUGGUCAAUACAAAACAAAAAUCUAACUAUAGUUUUCAUAAUCUGUUUUGACUUUUACUUAUCAACGAAAACUUAUCUAAAUUUGUAUGGUUUAAUCAAAAGACUGGAUUACUUCAAGUGAUUCUUUGUUUAAA